AUGGUCUAUGGACUCGGAGGAAGCCAAUCUGUAUAUGCCGAAGCGUUGGGCCGCUUAAAGGAGAACUACGGAAAAAGAGACGUCAUGCGCGCUGCCUUGAUGCAAGCACUGGAGAAACUCAGCAUUUACAAGCAGGAUCCUAGCUCCUUCCGAAGAUUUGCUGAGAAGACCCAUACCUUCCUUUAUGACUUGUUCAGAAUUGGAGAAUCCACGACGGCGGACGUGAUCGAACGUUUAUGUCUUAGGUUGCCGUUUGCCGACCGGUUGGCAUGGAACACCGAUCGGGGAGGUGAUCUGGAACGACGUUCUCUGAAUGAGUUUGGCAAUUGGCUAUGUCAGAGAGCUAUGGCUUAUCAAAACGCUUAUACCAUAGCAGCAGAACAGUCACAAGAGUCUCAACCACGACCAAAGGAAAGGUUUUCCACAAGAUCGCAUGCGGCCAAUGCUGACAGUAAUCGAAAUCUAAGCGGUGGGAAAGCAGCCACACCCUUCUAUUGUUUCAAAUGCGAAGGCCGACAUCCGAUAGAAACCUGUGCCCAGUUUAAGGAGCUGACCAAGAACGGCUCCAAUUCGGCGACUGCCCGGUGCAACGCUACGCAAAUCAAGACAGCGGUGGGGAUGGUCCAAGCGCAAGUGUACGACGUCGACGGGAAUAUCGUCCUAGCCAAUGUUUUCCUGGAUGAAGGGAGCGACAGCACUCUCUUCCGAGAAGGUUUCAUCCGGAAGCUGAGAUUAGAUGGGACACCACACACGUUCUCAGUCGACGGCGCCGGAGGCGUGAGAAGUAAAUAUGCAUCCAGACGUGUAAAAGCACGACUCCGUUUGUUCGAUGGAGGAGAAGAAACACUGAAGGGUUCUACCCUACCUACAGUGGCGAGUCCAGCUCCGGUGUUGGAAUGGAGUGCACUGAAACAGAGGUGGAAACAUCUCCAAGACCUUCCGUUGCAGCCAAGCGGAGGGAGAGUGGAUAUUCUGUUGGGGAGUGAUCAAGCUCACUUCACGACUGCCCUGGAAUCCCGUAUCGGCAAGAAGUUCGAGCCAACUGCAAUACUUACACGAUUGGGUUGGAUCGUACGUGGAGUCCUCGGAAGUGGACUCCUGGAAGCAGUAGUUAAGAGCCAUGCCAUUUUCGCAGCAGACGAGGACGUAGACGUUCUAGUUCAGCAGAUGAAACGAUUCUGUGACAGUGAAGAAUUCGGCACCGAACACCAGAUUCCCGGCAUGUCCGAGUCGGAGAAACAAGCAGUGCAGAAACUGGAGGCAGGCACCCGAAGAUUGGACGUGGGAUACGAGGUCCCUAUUACGUGGAAAACCGGGGAGCCGAACCUUUCGAAUAACCGAAGUCUGGCAGAGAAAAGGAUGAAAUUUCUGCUACGCCAAUUCUACGAAGACCCCAUAUUUAAAGAAGACUAUCGCCAGGCGAUGGAGAAGAAUUUUAAGAUGGGAUAUGCGGUCUACGUCGAAGAUCCAUCCGAUAGUCAGCCGGAAUAUUACCUAGCUCAUCACGGAGUGAAAAAGGGUAAAAAAUGGCGAGUCGUUUUCGACGCCGCAGCAAAAUUCAAUGGGAGAUGUUUGAACAACAGCAUCCACAGUGGUCCAGCGCUACAGAAUUCGUUAACGUCCGUCAUCAUCAAAUUUCGUGAGGGAGAAAUCGCUUGGGCAUCCGACGUAGAGGCGAUGUUCAGUCGCAUUCGUCUUAGGACCGAAGACUCACGUUAUUUUCGUUUUCUGUGGAACCAAAGAGGGGAAACGGAAUCGCGAGUAUGUGAGAUGCGGAGACUACCAUUUGGUGCCACCUGUUCCCCAUUUAUUGCAAUCGCCACUACUCGAAGAGCAGCAGCUGAUUUUGCCGGACCCUCGUUCGUGUCCAAAGCCAUUGAACACAAGAUGUACGUGGACGAUUAUUUGAGUUCAGCGAAGACAAUCCACCUUGCCAUUCAAGAAGCGACUGAAGUUCAAGAGGCGUUGACGGCAGCUAGUCUCAUUGAAGAACGUUCCCUUGACGGAGAUCAUGAAGAAAAGGUGCUUGGGGUGUACUGGAAUCCUACUACCGACGUACUCACUUUUAAAGUGAGUGGCUUGGAUACGGUGUUCCUUACGCGAGUUGGAUUAGCCAGCAAAACGGUGAGCUUAUUCGAUCCGCAGGGGAUGGCCGCUCCCAUGACACUAAAGGCGGAGUUGAAACUCCGAGAGCUUCAGAUCCAAGGGCUUCAAUGGACCGACGAGGUGACCGGAGAGGCAGAGCAUUGGUGGAAGAAAUGGUUCGAGACAUUGAAGCAGCUCAACGACUUAGAGAUUCCACGUUGUCUAUUCGAGAGGGAAGAUUUCAUCGUUCGGACGGAGUUACACAGUUUCAGAGACGCUUCAGAAGAGGCGUACGCUGCAGUGGUUUACCUGAGAAACGUGUACGUCGAUGGAACGGUGUUAGUCCGACAUGUAGGAGCGUCGACGAAGCUGGCUCCGAAAAAGACGAUUUCCAUCCCUAAACUCGAAUUGAACGCAGCCUUGCUGGCGGCUAGAUUGGUGCGUACCGUACAAACGGCUCUCACUCGUACCAUUCACGCACGUUAUUUGUGGACGGACAGCAGUACCGUUAGAAACCGGAUAAGAGCAACUGCAUCCAAAUACCAAGUGUACGUCAGUCACCGUAUAGGCGAGAUUCAAACGUUGACAGAGCCACAGGAGUGGAGGUUUCUGCCAGGUCGUAUUAAUCCGGCAGACGUUGCGACCCGUUCCACGCUCCGAGAAGAGAUCUUUCCGUCUUACUGGUGGUGUGGCGUAGAAUUCCUACAACAUCCCGAAGAUCGUUGGCCAGCUGAUCUGCCCUGGAUGGUGGAGGUUGAAGAGAUUCGGCCGGUUCGUGCUAACGUGGUCCAGUGCGAAUCGUCGGCGCUGGACUGGGAGAAGAUGAAGAUUACAGUUGAGGAUAUCCCAGCGUUGGUGAAGCAGCAAGACCCCUUCCUCGAACUUGUACGACGGUGUCAAGAGGAGGUGUAUUCUGCUGAGCUUAGUUGUCUACAGAAGGGAAAGUGGAUCCCUUCCACCUCAAGUCUGUUAACGUUAUCACCGAUACUCGGAAAGGACGGAUUAAUUCGGCUAGGGGGUAGAGCUGGACGCGCUCAACUGCCUUACGAAGAAAUUCAUCCUCCUGUACUCCCAGCAGGACAUAAGUUUACCGUGAACGUUGUCAGGGCUUUCCACUUGAUGCUCAAACACGUCGGGACUGACUACCAAAUAAGUUUCAUUAGACAACACUUUUGGAUUCCCCGCGGUCGGGAAUUAGUCAAGAAGAAGAAGUUCAUGGCGGAACUUCACGGAUCACGUUUGGAAGCAGGAACCCCGCCUUUCACCCGAACAGCUUGCGAUCUGUUCGGUCCACUGGACGUAGGCCUGUCUAGAAAUAGAACCGCCAAAAGAUGGGGAGUUCUAUUUACGUGCCUGGUAACCCACGCCGUUUAUUUGGAGUUGGUGACGUCUUUAUCUUCAGAUGAUUUCCUCCUCAUCUUACGUCGAUUCAUUGGUCUGUAUGGUCAACCCGGAGUUUUCCAUACUGACAACGGGACCAAUUUCGUAGGAGCAGAACGUGAACUGAGAGAAGCAGCUGAAGCCUUAUUCGCCGAUCCAAAGUUAGCAGAUUUCAUCCGGAGCAAGCCGAUGGAAUGGAAAUUCCAACCUCCCAGAACGCCACACUUCGGCGGUGCUCACGAAUCCCUCGUUAAAUCGACUAAAAGGGCACUCUACCGAGCGUUAGAUUCAGAGAAAUUGAAGUUGCAGUAUCCGUCUGAAGAAACGUUACGUACUUUAUUAUAUGAAGUAGCCGGCUUAUUGAAUGGGCGACCGCUGACAGCCGCGAGCAAUGAUCCAGCCGAUUUCUGA